UGCUUCACCGGUUAUAUCGUGACAUUUUGCAUGCAGAAUUUUUUGUGUGUUAAAAAAUUUAACGAAUUUUCAAAAGUGUCAUCCCUCUUUAUAAUCACUUAAUUUUAAUGGAAAUGAAAAAUUUUCAUUUUAUAAAAAUUAUUUCCACUGAAAACUGAAAUAAAAAAUAUGUUUCUAUAUAUACAAAGUAGAAAUUAUUCCAAUUGAUAAAACUUUCUGAAACAAAAAGACAUAUUCUAAAUAAUAAUCGCACACGACAGUAUGUGUAUACACAAAACUUUUUGAAUUUAUUUUUAAACCAUAAAAAAUAGAAAAUAAAUUAAUAUAAAGAGAGAUAAAGAGAACAAGGACGAGAUGAAUACUUUAACGAUAAAUUGAAAAAUUUACAGAAACAUGGACCAAAGAAUGAAACUGGGGCACAAUGUAGAAGAGUCGAGAGACAAAUAUCCUGAAUUAACAAAUGAAAUUUUAGAUGAAUUAAGAGAAUGGGGAGAGGAUCAUGGCCUGCCAAACAUUCCCGAUGAACAACUUGCAUUAUUUGCACAUAGUUGCUAUUAUAAUAAAAAAGACAGUAUUCGAUGUAUGGAAGUUUAUUACAGACUGCGAGCAACAACACCUGAAUUUUUUAAAGACCGAGAUCCUAAAACAGAAAUUCUUCAACAUUCCCUAAAGGCAUUACAAUUCGUCGCUUUGCCAUUACCAGACAGAGAGGGGCGAAAAAUAAUUUUCCACAGACUGGCAAAUACAGCACCAACGGCAUACAUGUUCAAUGAUGGUAUCAAACUGCUUGGAAUGACUCUUGAUGCAAGUCUUUAUUUUGAGGGAUGCACUCCUGGCUAUGUAUUUCUCUUCGAUAUGCGUGGCGUGAAAUUAGCCCAUUUGGCCCGAUUGUCAGUCAACAGUAUUCGCAAAUUUUUUGAAUAUCUCCAGGAAGGAAUGCCCAUUCGACUUCAAGGGAUCCAUGUUCUGAAUACCGUUUGGUUCAUGGAUAAAAUUCUUUCCCUCCUCAAGCCCUUCAUGAAGCGGGAGCUCUUCGAAAUGCUUCAUCUUUAUUCCGGAGAAGUCUCGGAAAUCUAUGAAUAUAUUCCUCCAGAAUGUCUACCGGAGGACUUUGGAGGAAAACUCGACAAUCUGGAGACUCUUCAUGAAGCACACUGUAUAAAGCUCGAUCAGUUGCGUGAUUACUUUCGGGAUGAGGAGAAUCUUUAUCGUGGAUGGCGUAAUACUCCAAGGGAUAAGCUUUCUUCUUCCACUUUAUCUAAUUGCCAAGAAGCGGAAGGUGAUGAUAGCACAAUUCAGAAAACUGAAAGUGGAAAAAUCGACUGCACUUGAUGUCCUCGACCUUGCUUUGCAAAUCUCGUGUGUGUCCAUUAUAAAAUCAUCCAUGAACUUGCUCAAGAGGAACGAGGAAUCUAAAACAACAAAUUUAUUUAUAAUUAUAAUUAAUUUCGCAUUUACAAAUUUUACUACGAUCAAUAGAGUGAUUGGAAAAUAUUUUAUUAUCGAAUAGGAGACAAUUUAGUCCAAUCAAUCAAUUCAAAUAAUUAAUUAUUUAAAUCUAUUUGGAAAAAUGGAAAAAGAAAUUGAGAAAAAUUGAAAAUGGAGAAAAAAUAAUAGAAAUUGUAGAUAAUAAUAGAAGAAUAGAAAUU